GCCACAAUGGCCAGCCAGAAGCUAAUCGUUACCGUCCUUUUUACCCUCGCCUUGGGUAUAUAUGCGCAAUUCUGCCCAACGCCAUUUACUCGAGUGGGCAACAAAUGCUACCACGUGAAUUUAGAAAAGGUCAACUGGCAUGUUGCCGAUCGCAGCUGUCGAAAACUGGGUGGCGAUCUAAUGGUGCUGGACGAUCAAAACGACAAACUUCUCACAACGGAUUACCUGAAGAGUUUGGGGCUUCAGUUCACCCAAAGCUGGAAUCAUUCCGUCUGGAUUGGCAUCAAUUGUCUAGGAAACCGACGGACGUUCCGUUUGUCCAAAAAUGGCGAUAGUGUGCCCUACCUAAACUGGGUUCCCCGAGAACCGAACAACGGAUCACCCGAAGAGGAUUGUGUGGGUUUCGCCAACUACAACGGCGCCUAUGGGUAUCACGAUAUAGAGUGCAAGGUCGAGUUUCCAUUUGUGUGUGAGAAGGAUGCGGUAGAGGACUAUCUCUGCCUUAAGAGGCAACUGUUCUUGCAGACACUUUUGUAGUAGAAUAACAUUGUGUAAAUAAGUUUAGAUAAAUUUUUUAUUCCUCAAAUAUACACAAUAAAAGAACAAUUUGUUGUAACAAAACUAAUUUUGGCCAAACGGAUUUAAAGCCUAAUUAAAAAUGUAAAGCUAAUCCCAUUU